AUGGAGACUUCCCCCGCGACCUCCGUGGCGGCCGCCUUGCUGCUGGCUGUGCUGCUGCCCGCGUCGCUGCCCGAGGGCGCGGCCGCCUGGGAGCUGGUCAACGACUGGAGGAGUCUCAAGACGGUGCACGGCUCCGUGCAGACGGCCAUCGUGGACCUGCACAACGACCUGCGCCGCAACGUCACCCCCUCGGCGGGCAACAUGCUGCAGAUGAUGUGGAAAAAGGAAGUGUACCUGAACGCCCUGUCCUGGGCUAACAACUGCACCUUCGGCCACAGCCCGGACGCCAGACGCAAAACGACACAGUGGACGUGCGGAGAGAACAUCUUCAUGUCGAGCGCGCCCUUCACGUGGAACUACGCCAUCCGCGACUGGUACAACGAGGUGACCUCGCCCGGCUUCCAGUACAACGUGGGAGCCAAGACGCCCGGAGCCGUCGGCCACUACACCCAGCUGGUUUGGUACAACUCCUUCCAGCUUGGCUGCGCAGUCAACUACUGCCCAAAUAACCCGGGCGUGCCCAAGUACCUCUACGUGUGCCACUACUGCCCCAUGGGGAACCUGAACACCCGCAUCAACAGGCCCUACGACCUGGGCACCCGCUGCGCCUCCUGCCCCAAGAACUGCGUCAAUAACCUGUGCAACAACCCGUGCAAGUACAAGAACGGCUACGCCAAUUGCGCGUCGAUGGUGGCACAGUACACGUGCAAGAACGCCGUCGUUCUAAAGAACUGCCCUGCCAGCUGCAACUGCGAAGGACGGAUUUAAUGAAGGCUCGAACAUUUACCAGACUCCAGGCCUCGACUAGAUACAGUACUCACUUCCGACAAUCUCUCUUCUUUUUUAACUUUAUUUGAUCAAUGGCUGAGCUGUAAGUGGCACUGCUCUUUUGGAGAGGGUGGCUCUGCCUACUUGACUGGCCUGGCAGACACAUUCUGCACAUCUGUGAGAAAAAGAUGUUCAUAGCUUAUCGGAUUUCUCCAAUAUAGACAUUGUACUGAUUCAUUCAUGCCACAGAUCGAGCUCUCCGCCGCACCUUCUGGCCGUACCGCGUGUUGUUCGGAACGAUGUCCGACAUUUCACUCCGUGUGCUGGUGGCAGCGCCCUCGGGAAUUGAAUUGAAGAAGCUCCGAACAACACACGAUACAAUCCCCCGCGCCUCCCCCGACUAAAACACGCGAAAUAGCACAACCGUGAAACCCUGCGCUGGUAGCAUUAAAAAAUAUGUGCUCACGUUCAUCCUUUCCGUCCUUUGUGAAGUUGAAUUCAUAUUUGGCGCGAACUGAUCAGUGCACGUAUGCUGGCAAAUCGCAAUGUGGAUUCAUUAUUCUCAUACUCCAUCUGGUGUGAUCUAAAGAACCUUGCAAACAGAUUUCAAUGUCCAGCUUUCUUGAGAAGGCAUCGAAAGCACGCUAGUGGUGUGGAGGUCGGCUCGUUAGACGCGCCAGGUUUGAUCUCCACUCCAGCUGGUGUGAAGCACCAGGCAGAAUUCAACAUCCACUCGUGCCAGUGACUGUCAGUUCCGUUAUAAUUAAAUACGUUAUAACGAGGAUUUUCCUUGGUGGGGUAAAACCUGGGCACCCCCCCCCCCCUGCCACCGCCACCUGCAUCUUCUGAUGUGCUGGCACGUGCUGUGUAAGGGAUAGCGAAAUGUCACGCGGAGGAGGUGCGAACAUGCUGCGUGACGGGCUGAGCCUCAUGUCUCCAGUUAGUCAUCAUCCUGGGAGCAGUGCUGCCUGCUCAGGCGACAGCUCUGCCUCUCGAGCCAGUGUCACAAAUGCAAUCAAAAUCACAAUCUCUCUGCAUUGCACAGCUUCGGAGAAAGUGUCAUGUGCUUUCCUUGCACGUGAAAAAAUCUCCAAAAUGUAAAUUUACUACAAAUUAGGCCGAUAUAUAAUUAUACUUGGGUGGAAUUGUAGCGGGUGGAAUUGUAGCGCAGUGGGUAGUGCGCUGUGCUCUGAACCCGGUGACCUGCCUAUCAAGGACUCCUCCACGCGACGCCUGUCUUGUGGGUUGAUUAACCAUACUUCACCGCACUGGUCAGUGGCAUGACCAGCAAUCAAACUCAUGUCGCUAAGUUCAUAGCGCACUAAUUACAAAGGAUUAUUUUGACUUUUAACAAUGGCUGAAACAUACCAUCUACAAUAUAAGACCAAUGUGCGCAACAUUUCUAAAUUGGGUGGUGUACGUAUACGUGUUGUUGAACUUCUUUCGUACCAUACAUAGCCAACCUUGCUAAUUGGAGGUGCGGGGAAGGACAACAAACUCAACACAUUGGCUUGAUUAAAAUAGUUAAUAGGAUCCCUAGCCUCACCAGGAUACCCUUGUGCUCUGAAUUUAAUUUAUCCUAAGAUAAAAUCACCUGGAAUGCACCUAAUGUCAUCAGAUCCCGGAAGCUAAGCAGAGCUGAGGUGAGAGGGAAGAACAACACAGUGGGUUAUGCUUUGACCAUAAUAGCCUUAAUUGGUGUGGAGGGAUGAUCCGAGUUUGGUAAGGCCGUGCGGUUUGCCCUGAGUCUCAUUUUAAAACCACGCAGCGCUGUCGUUACAGAGCCAGGGUCAUGUUUGGGUUCGGCAUUUAGCCGUUGUCACCUCCGAUCAUUGCGGUCCAUUCAUACAUACAUCGAGGUCAGUGCAGCGCUCGCGAUGUUGGUGAAGCGAGCAGGCAGCCCUUAUCCAUCUCUCUCAUCGUCGUCGUUGUUGCACGCUGCAUUGUCCGUCUUGGAGGCAAUUCGCAGUGGGUUUCAUUGCUAACUUUUUAUGGCUUUUUAUUUCUUAAAUAGUGUUUAAAUAAAUAGUUUUAAAAGGCAUGUAUUGUACUGUACUGCAGUUGCAGUAGUAGAAUAUGCAUUGGGGGGUAUUGUAUAUUUUUUAAAAGAGUUUUUCUAUGAAUGGGGAACAUGCUGUCCUUUUCAGUCCAUGGGCUUAUGUUAAAAUGUUUACUCUCUAUACAUGCACAGCGUUUACGGCAUUACUCUUGCAAAGGGCCUUUGAUUUAAUUCACACUUGAAUCAGAAUGUUCCGUCAAUAAGCGUGCACACAAUUGCGCUGCCGAUGAUAACGCUUGAAUGCACCUUGCGCUGCUCUUGUCGCAUCCGGAGAGUCUAAAUGAAUCAACACACCACAUUGAUUGGUUCUACCCCACAAUGCACGCGGCUCUUCUCUCGGCGCUGAUGGUGACUCAAUACGAAAGGCGUGUGGAGCGUUUUCAGUGUCCACGCAGUUCGCCUUAACACCAUGGAUGCAGCAGGCGGCCAUGUGACUCAGAGGGCUUCAUGUCCGUGCCAGAGACACCGAGACAGAACCACUGAGAGCAUGGGUUUGAAUCCAAGUUCCACCAACCUGUGCUUAAACCGAGAUUCUCAAGUUUAGUGAGUUUAUGGUCUCAGUAAGUCGCCAAUGACUGCUCACAAAAACCCAUCACAUUAACCAUUGACAUUUAAAUUUCGAUUUAAAGCUUUUGUGACUGCAGGGAUUCAUCUUCUUGGUUCUUUCGGUAAAGUCACGUAGAAGGGAAGUAAUAAAAUAUGUUUUAUUUUUUAUUAUUUUAUUACUUCCCUUCUACGAGACUUUACCGAAAGAACCAAGAAGACAUUGACAUUUACUUCAUCUGCCCGACUUUAGUCUUGAACGUUAGAACAGUGUUCUGAUUGCCACGUGACAAAUGUAACAUGUGUUCCCCUCGAGCAGGAAUAACUUGACUCCACAAGUAGUUUUGUGAUGUCGUCCGACAAGGCUCUCACACAAAGGUAAUCGUGCACUGCGAGCUGAGAGUUCUGAUUGGAUAUACUGUAUCUCCAUCUCGUGACAAGAAAUACACAAUUGGAAUUAACUGGCGAGGUUUAAAAACGCGGAAACAAAUCGGUCAUGUUCACCAAUAUCAUGGUUACGCAUUGGAUAUUUUAAUCAGUAUAACAAUAUACCUUGUGCAUGUAUAAAAGUGGUAAACUAGAAUUCAUGGAAUAGUUUAUAAUGUAUUUUAGUUAUAUCGAAAAUAGAUUGAACUUAGUUACCAACCCUACUGAACCAUAGUGGUCGGCUUCCAGUUUUAAACCCCUUUGUUUCCGAUAUUCAAAGCGAACCAAUCAUAUCACGUGUAAGCUGCUGGGAGGCAGAAUUUCACCAUUUUCGCUUUGAAAAAUCGGGAAAGGCGUUUUAAAAAAUUGGCAGCACCCGCUUCAACCGGUCGUGUUGGUAAAUACGCAUCGAUCAAUACGUCGCUACGUCGCUGAUUUUGGGUGAUACUUUUACGACAACGUGCUGUGUAACUGAGGUUGAUGGUACGCGGCUGGGUGCAGGGACUCGUCUUAAUCAUGGACUGCUCCACAGCGGCACGCCCCCCGCCUGCGCUGCUUUAUACCAACACGUGCUACUGUGCUCGUAAGGCGAGGGGCGUCGCUGCGGAGUCGUUCGUUCACAAGAGGGGUGAGCCCUAGCAGUGGCCGGGUUCACGUGGUCUCGCCGUGACACAGUUGAAUAUAUGAAUCCACUACUCUUGGUUAAUGUUGUAUUAUAGGAUGAUUAUAAUAAUUUGCGUGUGGUACACCAUACCUUACAUUGUAAUGGUAUUCUUUGUUUAUCUUGGAAAACGGUCUUUUUCGGGAGGGUCUCGUUUGGGAUCUUUGGACAAUUCCUCAUUGAGUAUUUCAGAGUGUAACCGGAGUGUGCCUGUGUAACCGGUAACCGGUGUGUGCCUGUGUAACCGGUAACCGGUGUGUGCCUAACGGAAACCAACACGAGGGGAUGACGCCCAAAAAGCCACGCAGAGAGGUCAGCGACUUCCGUGCCAUCCUGACACGGUCCGGGUCACCUCAGAGCCCCGCGGGUCGGGAGUCUCACCGACAAGCUCGCAUGUUCCACCUGCCCCUGCCUCCACAGUGCCGGAUGACCUCAGUGCGCAGAGGCAUCGGUUUCCUCUGGGCCAAUGUUCACCCCUUGGCGACAUGGAACAGUCCGAGUGGGACGUGCCACGCGUGUGCAGCACCCACACGAGCCCGCAUGUCGAUGAUGCGCGCGUGGGUGUCGCCAUUCGGACUGUUCCGUCCUCAGGGGGUGCGAUGCCGCGGCGCCCCAACAAGUGGCGGCACGAGGCAGCAACACAACCGCGCCGCUCGAACGCUCCCAGGAACAUUAAGAGAACAUCAAAUUCAAAUCCUAUUAAACACAACAAGCGCAUUCACAUGAAACGUAAAUGAAUCUCUGUCAUCUAGCUUGUCUACAUCGUAUCUUCUGCCAUCUCACGACAUCUCUAUGCAUCGUCUGCAUGUUUUCUGUCUGCUCACGAGGCGUUCGUUAUAUUAUAAAAGGGAUACCACAAAUAAUGUCUGGACACGCACCACCACUGACGACAAACUUGAGUCCAUCAGGCCACUUGUAUCCAAGAGGCAGAACGCCUCUGUCAAUCUGCAGUCAACAGGAAUGUGGAUUGAACGGGGGUCAUUGGGAGUGGAAUUUGCAAACACGAGGAUGGAGGUGUCCCUUCGCAGUGCGAGGCUGUUUCCCCAGGCAUGGCGUCAGCGUUAACAAGAGAAUGCUGAGGGUUGGGACGUGAUUGUACACCUUUUGCUUAAUGAUGGAAGAUAUGUUUUGUAUACUCAAACAUUAAAUAAAUCAUUUUAAGUAUCA